CCAAUCAGACUGCAGCACGGCCACUCCAUCACUCCUCAGUUUCCAAGGCAACUGGGCUGCUCUCCUGAAAGGCGCUACAUCAUCAGCAUCCGUCCGGCGAGGGCUGCUCGAGGCAGGCAGCCCUGCAGUGGCACCUCCCUCACACACACACACACCGCACUGGAUGGACAAAUGGAGGAGAUAGUGUUAUGAUAAACCAAAAGUCCCCAUCCUCAGGAUCCUAUUACAUUUCACCAUGAACGUUGUCAUAUCACCAAAUGCCAGUGAGGCUUCGUCCCCUAUGAUAACUGCAGUGACCCCAACCCUGGAACCGGGCCCUGAUAAACAUGAUGAUCCAGACGUGUGUGAACCCAGCGUUAGCGCUGAUGGGUCGACCCAGAAACAAGAUCCCUACCGCAGGUUCCAGAAACCUCCGCCUCUCCACACUGGGGCCGACUGGAAGGUGGUUCUCCAUCUGCCGGAGAUCGAGACCUGGCUGAGGACCACCACGGAGAGGGUCCGAGAUCUCACACACUCUGUGCAGCAGGACAGCAGCAAUAGACAUGUGGAUGUGCAUCUGGUGCAACUCAAGGUAAGAAUGCUUUAAUACUCAAUCCUGAUU